UCUUUCAGAUGUGAAGAGUGAUUCAUGUUUGGAUAUAGAAAUAACGUCCUCAACAUCAAAAGAACGACUGACAGCACAAACUCUUUCCUGCAUCACCUGUGAAAAGACAUUCAGCUCACAGAGACUUUUAGAGAGACAUGAGAGAAAACACACAGAACAGAAACUCUUCACCAGAACUGAGAUCAGCUUUACUACCUUACAAGAGAAGAAACUUCAUUCAGAAGACCACAGAGAGAAGAAGAAGAAGAAGCAGUUUCACUGGGAGCGGUGUGGGAGGAUUUGUGUCUCUUCCUCUAAACUAAAUGUUCACAUGAGGACACACAGUGAUGAAAAGCCUUUCAACUGCACUGAAUGUGGAAAAUACUUCAGAACCAAAGACCAUCUUAAAGUUCAUCAGAGAAUUCAUACAGGUGAAAAACCUUACAAAUGCUCUCAGUGUGACAAGACUUUUUCUCGGUCAGGUUACUUCAAAUCCCAUCAGAGAGUUCAUACAGGAGAGAAACCUUACGUCUGUGCUCACUGUGGAAAGAGCUUCUCUAGUUCAUCUCAAUUAAUAGUUCAUCAAAGAGUUCAUACUGGAGAAAAACCUUAUCAAUGUAGUCUCUGUGGGAAGAGUUUUAGUCAACGGACUUCAUUACUAAAUCACAAGAGACAUCAUACAGGUGAAAAACCUUUCAAAUGCUCUCAGUGUGACAAGACAUUUGCUUAUUCAAGUCACUUCAAAUCCCAUCAGAGAGUUCAUACUGGAGAGAAACCUUACGUCUGCGCUCACUGUGGGAAGAGCUUCUCUGAUUCAUAUAAAUUAAGAGUUCAUCAAAGAGUUCACACUGGAGAGAAACCUUUCAAAUGCUCUCAGUGUGACAUGACAUUUGCUUUUUCAAGUAACUUAAUAGUUCAUCAGAGAGUUCAUACUGGAGAGAAACCUUAUCACUGUAGUGUCUGUGGGAAGAGUUUUAGUCAACAGGCUACGUUACUAAAUCACAAGAGAAUUCAUGAUAAACCUUUCCAAUGCUCUCAGUGUGACAUGACAUUUGCUCAGUCAGGUUCCUUAAAAUACCAUCAGAGAGUUCAUACUGGAGAGAAACCUUACGUCUGCGCUCACUGUGGGAAGAGCUUCUCUAAUUCAUCUCAUUUAAGAGUUCAUCAGAGAGUUCAUACUGGAGAGAAACCUUACAAAUGCUCUCAAUGUGACAUGACGUUUACUUGUUCAAGUAACUUAAUAGUUCAUCAGAGAGUUCAUACUGGAGAGAAACCUCAUCAAUGUAAUGUUUGUGGGAAGAGUUUUAGUCAACAGACUACCUUAUUAAAUCACAAGAGAGUUCAUACAGGUGAAAAACCUUACAAAUGCUCUCAGUGUUACAAGACGUUUUCUCGGUCAGGUCACUUCAAAUCCCAUCAGAGAGUUCACACUGGAGAGAAACCUUACGUCUGCGCUCACUGUGGAAAGAGCUUCUCUGAUUCAUCUCAAUUAAGAGUUCAUCAGAGAGUUCAUACUGGAGAGAAACCUUUCAAAUGCUCUCAGUGUGACAUGACAUUUGCUUUUUCAAGUAACUUUAUAGUUCAUCAGAGAGUUCAUACUGGAGAGAAACCUCAUCAAUGUAGUGUCUGUGGGAAGAGUUUUAGUCAACAGGCUACGUUACUAAAUCACAAGAGAAUUCAUGAUAAACCUUUCAAAUGCUCUCAGUGUGACAAUACGUUUGCUCAGUCACGUUACUUACAAGCCCAUCAGAGAGUUCAUACUGGAGAGAAACCUUAACACUGUAAUGUUUGUGGAAAGAGUUUUGGACAACGGGCUAACCCACUAAUUCACAAGAGACUGCAUACAGGUGAAAAACAUUUCAAAUGCUCUCAGUGUGACAAGACGUUUGCUCUGUCAGGUUACUUACAAGCCCAUCAGAGAGUUCAUACUGGAGAGAAAACCAGCGGCAACCAAAUAGCAUCUAAUGGCACUUUUCCAUUGUAUAGUACCCCACGGUUUGGUUUGGUUUAGUUUGGGUCGGGUCAGCUUACUUUUGGGAGCUUUUCCAUUAGGUGCAGUACGUGGUACCUGAUACUUUUUUUCGUACCGCCUCGGUUGGGGUUGCAAGUGAUCUGACCUGAUACCAACGCAAAAACACUGUAGAUCACUGAUUGGUCUGAGAGAAUCGUCACUAUCAGUGUCAUCGGUAUAAUGUAAAAGAUCGGCUUUAUCUAAAUGCUAGCUUGCGCUGUCUCAAGCAAACAUGUUGUCAUCUGUGCUCUGCUAUAAGUUCCCAAACUCCCUUUUAGCGAUGAAAAACAUCCACAUGUUGAUAAUCAGGGACACCAUCCAGACUUGCAGUUUGUGGCGGCACAUUCAUGACAUAUAUGUAUGCUUAAAUGCAACUUUAACGAGGCUCAGCGGAGUGCGUCAACUGACGCCACGGGUGCAAACAUCUAUUUGUUGUGGCCAAUUUUAAUUUUGUGGCGGACUGAGAAAUAAAUAAAUGUAUGAGGAUGUACAACAAUGCUCUCACUUGUAUGAUAUUACAGCAGUAGGCAGCGCAAAUAUAACGACACACCUAUUAUCCCUCCCACUACGAAGUGAUACUAAACUCGAUGGAAAAGCUUACCACGCCAAAGUGAGGUGAGCUGACCCGACCCAAACUAAACUAAACCGUGGGGUACAAUGCAAUGGAAAAGCGCCAUAAAUAAACUUCAUUACUGACCAUAGAACAACGGUGUGCACUUUAUCAACAGCCACUCCAAUGAGACGCUCCCGGUAAACAUCUGUUUGAAGCAUACCUCUCCAAUUUUUAACACUUACAAGCAAUUCUGUAUAACCAAAAGCCAACUGCGAUUUUUUUGACUCCACUAACUGCCUCAAGCAUAGCUCUUGUAUGUCUUUUAGAGAGUCUAUACCAGGACCGGAGGAAUAUUUUAAAGAAUGCAAAUUUUAGCUGAUCAUGAUAACUGCCCAUUAUUAGCCACGUAAACUCAACUGAUUCUCUUCCUUGUACGAACGUCAGAGUUUUGUUUCCUGGUUUUUCCAAGUCACUUCCUUCAG